AUGCGACGGACAGGUGGUGGCAAUGGCGGCGGCCGAGGAAGAGGAGCACAGGCGAGAACAGCCCCAACCGCAGCUGCUGCCGCUCCCCCGACCAACGUGUUUGGCGUCCUGGCAUCGGCCGACGAAGGCAAGCUGGUAGUUCCCACCGGCCACCGACGGGCGACCCCAGAGGCAGGGCGGAAGCAGCAGAACAAGCCCAGCAACAAGAAAGCGCAGCCGAAGCCUUCGGCCUCAAAGGCCGCGGCGGAGGUGUUCGACCUCGUGGACGACUUCAUUCUCACGCUCAUCUUCUCGCACUUGCGCGACGGCCCCUCGCUCGCUCGCGUGUGCACGAGGUGGCGGGACGUGCUGGAUGCUGACGAGAAGCUGUGGCCGGGGCUCCUCCUUACCGAGUUCAAGUGGAAGAAGACGGAGCGCCGAGGCAAGGGUCGGAACAAGAAGAACAAGAAGAUGGAACAGAUCAACUACCGCGAACAAUACGGCAAGCUCUACCGCGAGCACGAGGCAACUAUGAAGAUCAAGAAAAUGAAGGAAGGCGAGGAGCUGGCCAAGAUCUCACGCCUCAUGCGCUGUCUGGUCCCUAUCGCCAUCGACUUGCAAAUGAGCCACCUCAAGAACGAGCGGCAUCCCUGGCUGCUCUGCUCGCACCCACCCGAGUGGUUGGAUGUCUCAAAGAGGGCCCUCAGCAAAUACUUUGUCUCCACCCCGCCAGUCGCCUGGUGUCAAUGCCGGGCAUGCGACGCCGAGUUGGAUGUGCUCAAGCUGGACGAGUGGAAGGCGAAGUGGCCGCACCUGCUCGAAUGGACCACCUACAACGCGCCCGACAAGAUCGCCGACCUCAUCUCCUCCGGCGUCCUGCAGUUGGCUCUCAAGUGGCGGUACUACACUCCUGGCGACAGGGUCGGUGGGGCCUACGACACCUACGCCGACUUCCUGGAGAAAGCCGCUCUCGAAAGAGAGAGCUCCACAAAUAACUGA